AUUACCAAGAAGAAAACUACAUCUUCCGGGUAACAAGCUUAGCGCGCCAUAAGUAUUUGAACGAUACUUUCCUGUCUGGUUUGUUCCUUCUGAAGACGGCUUCAUUCCUCCGGGAAUGUCCACACUAGAACGAACCUACGGUGACGGGAAACGACCCCCGCCGGUUAAAGUCCUGUCUGGUCAGCUGAGAGCGGCGGGAAUCCGGGGUGCCGUUGACAGCGGGGAGGGAUACAUGAUCAGAGCAGGCAGGGGUCGCUCUCUGCGUGUGUCUUUGGUGUGGAUGCAGGGCACUGUGUUGGAGGUCCAGCUGGACAGGAACACGGUACUGCUGAUGGACGAGACGGGGACCUUUGCGGUUCAGGGCGUUAACAACAUCCCCAAAGGGAAACCGUGUUUGCUCCCAGGUAAUAAGUGGUGCGUUGAAUGUCAUCCAAUUUAG